AUGGAAAACCCUCUUUGUUUACCGACUGGAUUGGGAAUUUUCAUUAUUUUUCUUGUUGUUGUGACAACAGCAGCAGAACAUACAAAGAAUUUAACAAUAAAAACGACAAAUUGGAGGUGGAAUAAUUUCGAGAACGUGGUUCACACUUCAAGAAAUAGCAGAAAAUAUCAGAAAAGAAAAAUAAUGAAACGACACCAGAAGACGAAGGUAUUUGAAGAAAAAUCAAAUUCUCAUUAUGCAAAACUUUUCCUUGUAAGCGAAAGAUGA